AUGGGCACCAUUCUAUCCACUCAGACUACUGCUUCAGACAAAGAGCUGAAAACAGGACUGGCAGCGCAGGUUUUAGCCGUUCCUUCCCCUGAAGAAUCAGGACGGCCCAUCUCUGGCAAGAUGGAAGAAGCGAUGUGUGCCCCACAAGCACCUUCACCACAGCCAUCGACAAGCAGCUCUGUAGAGCCAUCGACAGGCAGUUCUGGAGAGCAGGAGGGGUGCACAGUGUCUCAGGGGGCAGAAUCCGCAGCUUCCAGUGGGCAGCCAGGUGCUCCUGUGUCGCCUGGCACCCCGCCACCACUGUCCUCUCGUAGCCAUCCAGAAGUUCAUCCAGAGCCUGGGUUGGCUGCAGAAGACUAUGUGGCCGACUCAUGGAGAGAGGAUGAUCCAGAACUGCUGGAGUUCAGACAGAGUUUGAAGCUUCUAUUGGAGAGGGUGCUGGAAAUGCAAGGACACAGAAGGGCAAUGGCCAUGUGCCCCACAGCCUCAGACCGAAAACCUGCAGCUCUCGUCGCCCCAGCCGCCCCCAGCCCUCCAACCUCCAUCUCACCGGCCUCUCCAGUCUGGGUACCAGAACAGCCACUCAGGAGCCAGCCACGUCCCCAACUGCCUAAGCUGCACGAAGAAUCGGAUGACACUGAGUCGGAAGCAAGCGAUGACGACCAAGACUUGUCCCAGGCAAAGCCACGCGCUUCGAAGGGUGCUCUCACAAGGGGCAUCUCAGAUCUGUCAUUGCUGGAGGAGCUGAGGCAGGGAAGAAUGAGGAUGGAAGAUGACAGUGCUAAAAGCAAAAGCAAUGAGCGGGUACUCAUAAAGCAAGUUGAGCCAGAAGUACUUGGCUUACCUACAUCUUCAUCAAUUCCCGCCCGUGGCCAACUCGUGUUGCAAGUACCAGAAGAGGCUGGAGAGUGGACCAGCAGUGGACAGGGAUGGGUGCCAAACAAGACGUCCAGCCCUGAGGAAGAAAUGAAGCGAGCAGGGGAUGCAAUCUUGGUGCCCAUGAUAAACUGUGAUGAGCUUAUAAAGGUUAAGGAGCUGGGCAUGGGCACUUCGGCCAGUGUCGCUUUGUACAGAUGGCAUGGGGCCGAAGUAGCAGUGAAGGAGAUGAGGGAUAUGGCGGAUGACAGCACUGUGAAGGCAGUCACCAAGGAAGCUGAGAUCAUGGCAGGGCUGCGUCACCCCUGCGUGGUGUCCAUAUAUGGAAUGGGGACCCUGAACUCCAGCUGUGCAAUGGUCCUUGAGUACAUGGUGGACGGAUCGCUGAGAGACCAGCUUAUCAAACAGAGGAAGGCGGGACCAUUUCCCCGGCACCUUUGCGCUGAGAUCGCGCUGCAGAUCGCCCAGGGAAUGGCAUUCCUGCACAGCCGGCGGGUCAUCCACUUUGACCUGAAGGCUGCAAAUUUGCUGUGCGACUUUCGACACCUCGCCAGGCCGGUGGUGAAGAUCGGCGACAUGGGGCUUUCCAAACGAAAGCUGGACAGCUACGUCACUGGGAACAUGCGAGGGACGCUGCCCUGGAUGGCGCCAGAGUUGUUUCCGGUUUACGAAAGUACCCAGAACGUGGGCACUGUGCUGGACAGGGUGGAUGAAAAGGUGGACGUCUACUCGAUGGGCAUCACGCUGUGGGAGAUCUGGACCAUGGGCCAGCAGGUGUACCCGGACCUGACCCGCACUGAGAUCUUCAGCAACGCGCUGUCCGGAAUCAUGCGGCCCGAGAUACCGGAGGACUGCGACGGGAGGUGGGUGCAGCUCAUGCAGCGGUGCUGGUCGAGGUCGCCCGCGGACCGGCCCAGCUUCCCAGAAAUUGCCGAAGCGCUGGAGGAGGUGCGCAACAGGCUGGCGCCGGGUGGAGGGCCCGCGUGA